AUGGCGUCCUUUCCUAUUCUCAGUGCCACAUCUGAGCCCUCUCACACACCUCCUCUCUCUCGCUCAAAAGCUCUGACGGAGGAGCCCAACCAGGGCUUGCGACCACUGAAGCGAAAUGCAGAGAAGAAGUUCUGCAGCCGCUCGCCGCGUCUAAACAGCAUCAUCACAGACUUGUUUUUAAUAAUAUGGCUCACCUGGGUCGACCUGUUCUUCAACGACAUCUCACACAUAGACCCAGUGUGUUGAGUUCACACAGUGGCUCUGGUCAAAAGUAGUUCACUAUAUAGGCGAUAUUGUGUAAUUUGAGACAAGCCUCUUCCUGAAUGGACACAGGUGGCAGGGUGGUAAAAUGAAUUUCUCUAGUACAUUAGUAGUGAUCACCCUAAACUUUAGGGCCUAAAGCCUGUGUGUGUGUGUGUGUGUGUGCGUGAGUGUACUCCGUUUCCCAGGUCCUUGUAUCUCCAUGAUUACAGCAUCUGUACCUUUCAGAGGUGGAUAAGCUGGGGGCUACACUCACCCUGCACGGCAACACCAUGGAAAACGAGGGGUGCUACAGGUACACACACACUUAGCACCACAGGCAUUACACGAGAAAGGUGAGGACAGCUGCCAAACCCAAAUCUACACACACCCAUACGCAAAUUAGGCUGCCACCAAUGCGCCUCCCCUUAGCCCCACAUGGGGGGGUAGGGUGAGAUGGGUUACAGGGGUGGUUUAUUCCACUAAUACUCUUAGACCGUGAUCUCCCUGUGCUGUCUGUUCACUGAGGGCUACGUGGCUCAGAGCCCUAUCUGUAACAGGUGCUGAGUUAGUUGCAGCUGCGUAGCGUUCUGACAGGUGCUUAAAAUGAGCAGAGAGAAAAGGGUCUAGUUACACACCGACUCUCUGCCUGUCUGCAUAGCAACACUGCAACUCCUACUGAGUUUUGGGGCAUUCUCCCUCUCUGUUCAGUGCUAAAUUACUACUGGUUUACAGUGUGUAUAGAGUCACUGUAUGUAUAGAUGUGUUCAGUCCUGGAGCCUUAUGGUCAAGAGAAAGCAGAAGUUUGUGUACCCUGACAAACCCAGUAAUAAGAACCCCCCUGUGUGUUUGUUUUUACGUGUGUAGGGGGUAUGUGAUUGCGGCUCUGCCUCACUUGAAGAUGUUGGACUUCUGCGCUGUAACGCACCAGGAGCGAAUCAUGGCCCAGGUCUGGCAUCGCCCCAGCAACCACAGCGAAAACACCAGGAAGAACCAGAACAACUUACCUGUCACCACAGAAACAGUAGGAGGGGGGACACAAUCGUCAUGCCAACCAACCAAAGAGUUCCAGAACCACAGGCAUACAUCAGAAGACCAUUAUGACUGA